AUGUCUUUUGUGCGGAAUUACCAAGCAGAAGAUCGUAGUUUUCAUAAUGGUUUCUGGUCAACCUACGAUGAAAACAACUUUGGCCACAACAAUAGGAAAAGAAGCAGGAACAAUUAUCAUAACAGGAAUUUUAACAUUUACAACGAUAACCGGAAUCAUGGUUGUGCCUUCAGUUUUUCCAUGGUCGAUCAUACCAAUUAUCAUAGAUAUGAUGCUGUUCCGUCAUCUUUCAAAAGGAGGAAAUAUUCAGCUCCUGUAUGGCAAGAAAGCCAGAAAUACUAUGUUCCUCCCAUGGUCCAUGACAAUAUCCCUUCAUGUAAUUUUCAAGCUCCUCAUACAAGAUCCGAUGCUGAUGCCUCUACGUCAUCUGUCUACAACCGUGGGUUUUCUAUUUUCGAAGAUGAUAAGCCUGUCUUCAUGUCGAGGGAUGAGAUUGAUAGAUACUCUCCAUCGAGAAAAGAUGGUAUUGAUGUACAUCAUGAGACACACUUGCGGUACUCCUAUUGUGCCUUCCUUCAGAAUCUUGGAAUGCGUCUUGAGCUGCCUCAAACCAUUAUUGGGACAGCUAUGGUUCUGUGCCACCGGUUUUUUGUUCGACGAUCACAUGCUUGCCAUGACAGAUAUUUGAUUGCUACUGCUGCUCUUUUUCUUGUUGCAAAGUCAGAGGAAGCUCCACGCCCUUUGAAUAAUGUUUUGAGAGUGUCCAGUGAAAUUCUACAUAAACAAGAUUUUGCUUUGUUGUCCUACCGGUUUCCUGUUGAUUGGUUUGAACAGUAUCGGGAACGUGUGUUCGAGGCAGAACAGUUGAUACUUACUACUCUAAAUUUUGAACUCAAUGUUCAACAUCCAUAUGCACCUCUUACGUCUGUUCUUAACAAAUUAGGUCUAUCAAAGACUGUUUUGGUGAAUCUGGCAUUAAACUUGGUCAGCGAAGGGUGA